GGUGACGUCAGGUGUUCAGGCUAAGCCUACACUUUCCUUGAAAGUAAAAAAAAAACAGGUCAAGUCCACGUGAUUGCUUGCACACAGAAGAGUCCUAAUCAUCGCAGAUAAAGACCAAGAUUGAUAAAGUACCAGAAUGGAGACUUGUCAAACACUUGAAGCUAUUCACUACAAGGAAAAUAAACUCUUCAUAUUGGACCAGUUACAACUCCCGAAAAAGCUAGAAUAUGAAGAAAUUACAUGUGUGGAAGAAGGAUGGCAAGCCAUUAAGCAAAUGAAGGUUAGAGGAGCACCAUGUAUUGCUAUUGUUGGCUGUCUUGCAUUGGCUGUUGAACUAAACAAACAUCAUCCAAACAGCAAACAUGAGUUGAUGAGUUUGAUAGUGAGGCAGUUAGACUAUUUGACGACUGCUAGACCUACAGCUGUUAACAUGAAGGGAGCAGCAGAGAGCUUGAAAACACUCAUUAAUCAGCUUCAAGAUAAUAAAGAUAUUACAGCAGAUGAUAUCAGGCAAAGAGUAAUCUGUGAAGCAGAAUUGAUGUUAAUUUCAGAUGUAAAAUGUAACCAAAGUCUUGGUCAUCAUGGUGCACAACACAUCCUACAGCAUUGUCGGCAAGGCAAGAUAUGUGUCAUGACACAUUGUAAUACUGGCUCUCUUGCAACAGCUGGCUAUGGUACUGCUUUAGGAGUGAUUCGUGCCAUACAUGAAGCAGGUAAAUUGGACCACGUGCUGUGUACAGAAACCAGACCGUACAACCAAGGAGCCAGACUAACAGCAUUUGAACUGGUCCAUGACAAGAUUCCUGCCUCUUUAAUCACUGAUAGUAUGGCAGCAUUUGCAAUGUACAAGAAAGGAGUAUCAGCUGUUAUUGUUGGUGCUGACAGGGUGGUAGCGAAUGGUGAUACAGCAAAUAAAAUAGGUACUUAUCAGCUCGCCAUAAGUGCUAAACAUCACGGCAUACCAUUCUAUGUUGCAUGUCCAUCUACAACCUGUGAUUUCAGCCUUCUGACUGGUGAUGCUAUUGUAAUAGAGGAGAGACCACAUAAUGAGCUGACAUACAUCAAUGGUGUACAGAUUGCUGCUGAUGGUAUUGGUGUAUGGAAUCCAGCCUUUGAUGUAACACCAGCUGAAUUAAUAACCGGAGGAAUCAUCACUGAGUUUGGUGUCUUCAAAGCAAGUGAAUUGCAGCACAACUUGACUGCAGUUAUAGACCGUAGCGAAUAAAUGAAAGUGAAAU